UACUGUAGCAGUCUGCAAAGUCUUACCCCUCCUUUGAAUCGAUCGAUCCGUUGGUCGAUGCUCCCUUUCGAUCGUCGAUCGUCGCUGGAAGAUCCCACUCAAUCCCAACGCCCUCCAUCCAGUUCGCUCGCCCCGACGCCCCCCUGGUCGGGUAGGGCUACUGGCAUCCGGGCGCCGGCAGCAGCGCAGAUACUGCAUUAUGAUGGCCAGACGCAACGUUCCUUAUUCUGUUCUUCCCACAGAGGACAAGGAUGAAGACAAUGUUGAUCGUCGGUUCACAUACACUCCAAAAUCCUUGAGGAGGAUCCCCUGGAAGUCAAUUGCCAUAGCAUUGUUCCUCCUCCUCCUAGGAAGCUCUCUUCUGUUCCUUUCAUAUUUUAUAUCCACAGGUCACAUGGAAGGUGACAGCUCUCAGGUGUAUGGUUUACUGUUCCUGGGUAUCCUGGCCUUUCUUCCUGGAUUUUAUGAGACUCGAGUUGCUUAUUAUUCAUGGAGAGAAGCACCAGGGUACACAUUUGCAUCCAUUCCAGAUUAUUAAGCCUUCGAUUUUAACUCAUCAACUGGGCCGUAAAGAUAUUGAACACCAAGGACAAAAACAUGAAACUUCAUGGAGAACCAGAUGAGCACUUAGUGUUAGUACUGUAAACAGUUAACAUGUAGAUGAAUUCACCUUAUGAUUACUGUGUCACAUAAUGUCUUGCUUCAUCAGGGAAGCAAGACAAGAAUAAUUUACAUUUGCUGCAGAUCUAAAGCUACUUUCUUGUCUUUGUUUGUUGCUAUUUAGACUUCUGCUUCUUAGCUACCUCAUUUAUUAGUUUCAUGGUUCUGGUAUGUUAAUCAACACAUAUAUUCUUAAGAGUUUUCUUCUGUUUUCCUUGCUGUAGUUACUAUAUACUUAUCUGCUUUUUCUGUCA